AUGUUUACAAACAUUGCCUCAGCAGAUGUCGGGGUUUACUCUCCUGAGGACAUCACUGUUAACAGACAUGACACCUUGGUUCCGGGGAUGUGGUCAUUGGGUUCGGAUGGCUGCAAGUUGGGUAUGGCGGGCAACCUGGUGGUGACUCCCAGGUCAGGCUCAACCCCAGAAGGCGGUGAAAUCCUUGACCCAUUUAUCACUGGCCCCCAGCUAUGUUCGUGGCUCUCGGCUAUGCAACGGGCACAUGAUAGCCUACGGCCGGCGUGGGACAGGGAGCAUGCCAACCGGCGCAAAGGUGUCUCGCGUUGGAACUUGUUACAACGGUACUGGAUGUGGAGAAAGACGUUUCCGGGAAUGGAGGUUGACGUUGAAGUCCGAACAUUGUCAUUGUGGAACAUGGAUCAUUUUGGCCAUCCUCUGCCGUGGGCAACGGUAUUGUUCAGAUACUCUUGCCCCAAUAGAGAGACGGGUUACGGCUUGUUCGACCAUCUCUGUGGGUCCGUUUUCUCCCAAGGCGAUGACCCAAGAGUCCCCACAGAAGUCAAUCUCCUCCUCAAUCCUCGUCCAGGCUUCAACAGGCCCUUGGAUGUCAGAGCCAGCAACUGGCAAUUCGUCACAGGCGCAAUUUCGGGGCUCGAUUCUGGAAGGGAGGCUUCGGAGGAGUCAAGUGGGGGGACGUUUGCGUUGCUGCAGUCUGUAUUCGCCAAAAGCAGCUCGUUCACGACUCUCCGUGGCACGAUCAAUGACUGUUGGAUGUACCAGGGUUAUUGCUACUUCCGCUGGCUCCUUCGGAUGGAGUGGGGGAUAUUCGGCGAGACUUUCUGCGAGAGGGUGCAUCAGCAGGCAAGUGGAGAUGUGGGGAGCGCAGUCAAGUCUGCUGCCUUGGAGAGUGUGAAAGUUCAUGUGUUCGCACUGGAUCUGUUCUCGAGGGAGUUCCCAGUGCUGUAUGCGAUGGCAGACGAAGGUGUGUUGGGCGUCAACGAGAACACUGGGCUGUUGACGCUGCAAAUUGACACUAAUCCAGCGAAUCCUCCAAACUUCGAGCGUUGGAAGAAGACGGUGAGGAACGUAAGGGCUGCGAAUAUGCUUCUCAAGGGUGUCUCAUCUCUCUUCGAAAGUAGAAUGGGAAACCAAAACAGAACAGACCAAAAUGAGAAGAAAUAUUCACGCUGA